AUGAAUGCUCUCGACUCAAAAGAAAACUUGGAAGCUAGAGGUACAGCUAUUGAUAAACUGCCUGAUUUUGGUAGCUUGCCAAUGAUAAAAGCAGUAUUAACAGAGUAUCGUACUGCAGCUCAAAUAACGUCGAAUGGAGAUUGGGUACCAAUCGCUCAAGCUCUUUUAGCUGACUAUGCUGAUAAUGUUUAUUUGUCCUGCACAAAAUUACAUGGCAGAACACACAACUUCUAUCGCUAUAAUGUGAUGGCCAAACAUGAUCAACAACAACGACAAAUCGGUAUAAUUGAUUCUACCUUCAUAUUAGGUUGUCCGGUGAACAUCACUCCUAUGCCUUUGAUAGUGACUCGUGAUGUUCUAUUUUCACCAGCAGUUCCAGCAACUUCGGGUUUUUCAUUCAAUGGUGAAAUUCAAUCAACUUGGUUAAUAAAAAAUAUACGACGCUCUAUUACAACCCGUAACAGUGAGAACACGAAAUGUCACAAAGAAAUCGUUCAAGAUGCUGAAGUUCAAGACGUUUCGAAGCGCGUCAGCCACCAAUUUACUGGUGGGCAGUUCAUCUUACAAGGUACAACAGGUAGCGAUGUUUUGUUAACUGAGCUUUAUCUACUCAAAAGACAAGUUAAUAAACACCAGAUGGAAUUGGUUAAAACUAAUGAGACUGGCGAAAACUUAAGAAGAAAUGUCUAG